GUGUGUGGAGUCGGGCGUCAAUCAUGUCUAAGUCGGACCCGAUUUUCACAUUUACUAUCGUAUGUCAAGCAAUGGUUGCUUUUAUUGGUCUCAUAUUUAACGGAUAUAUACUAUUUGUAUUGAUUUGCUCUAAACUAACAGUUAAUAAUAUUUUAUUAUUAUUUAUGGCUUUGGCUGACACUGCUAUUUGUUUAUUAAUACUUGUGGCCAACACACCAAUGAGUCUGAACCAUCACUUACCACAAGUGCAACACUUGUCUAUAAAUUCAUCACAAGUUAUGGAUGAAUACAAUGUCCAGGAUUGGGCAUGUGGUGCACAGGGAGCACUUUGGACAGUACUACCACUAUGUAUAACAUGGGCUAUAUGUGGUCUAAUAGUCGAUAGAUAUAUAGCUAUAGUACGUCCUUUAAGUUAUAAUCGGCUAAUAAAUGUGCGAAAAGCGACUGUCCUAUUGAUUAUAAUAUGGAUGUGUUUGAUAUCAUUUUCAUUACCACCACUAUUGGGAUGUUGUUCUUAUAGAUUCCUCUUAAGUCAUUCGGGAUGUGUUGCCAUUUGUUCCCGAAGUACAAUCAAUAACAAUGAGUUUUAUUAUAUGAUAUUAUAUAUAAGUUCACUACUAAUACCUGUAAUCGUGAUAAUUGUGUGCAACGUUCACAUAGCUUUCAUUGCACACAAUCAUAGGCAUCGUAUCGUUUCAGCUAUCUAUGAGAUCACAAUGCGAGCCCAGGCCACUGUUAUACACCAGUCCACUGUGACCCACCAGUCCACACACCAGUCCAGUCCCAACUAUCUGUUCAAAUAUAAGGGUCGACACGCCUUCCUUCCUAUUUUACAAUUAGUCGGUUCACUCGUGAUUUUUAUAUUUCCUUAUUAUAUAAUAUAUGCAUACAAAUCGUUUUCAAAUAAGCCAUACGAUGACUACUGGACCUCAACCUCAACGCUCAUCCUAUCGUUUACGCCGAUAGUUAACGGAUAUGUCUAUGGAGUCAAAAGCAAAGCUUUGAGGAAAACUUUUAAACGACUGCUUCAGAGAUAUCUGUACGAACAACAGGCAUCCAUAGAGAUUGAUAGAAGACUAUCAUUGAGAUCACAGUCAUCACUGAGAGAGGGAUGGAAUUCAUUGUUAAUCACAUCCAGUCUGUCCUCACAAGUGAUGUAUAGAAGUCAGAGACGAUUCUCUGCUCCAAUCAGUUGUACUCCGGUUGUAGUCUUGACUAACAAUAACCAUAAAUUACCGGAAAGAAGACAAUCCCUACAGAAUAUCAUUGUUUGCGAUACACAGACUAAGACAAAGUCAACAACUUGUCCGCCACUCACUAAAAGACCAUCAUUUCUGGCUGAAACCAGACUUACCUCUGCGACACCUCUCAGUCCUAUACAAGAAAUAUCGCAUUUCAGUGAUAACUCGAGUGGUGUUAUUAACUAUGAAUAA